AUGCAAGACGAGUGCGAUAUACACACUUCCAUGCAAAGCCCCGAGCCAUCCUCCGUCAACUCAGACGAAGGGGGAUUCAACACACCAACACAUGACACCCAAUCCCACUUCUCCAGCGAUGAGUACAGCGCACCACAAUACGACGGCACCAUGCCUAGAUACAUAGACCCCAACCUCGACAUACCGCACUACACAAGGGUGGACGAAAGUGCAGUGGGGGUGUGUCCCUGGAAAGGAGGCACGUACAUCAUCCGCGACCCGGCGACCAAGCUCGUCAUCGCCCUAGAGAAAGGUGUGUUGGGCAUGUACCCUGAGAUAUACGAAGUGGACGGUCUACUAUACCAGUCUGGGCGCGGCAGUCACUGGCACUGUGUGGAGAACGACCGGAUGUGGCUUGGCUUCUGUAACGCGGUCUCCGGGACAUAUAUCGGCCAUAAUAAUCGGAAGAGCAACUGGCGGUUUCAGGCCAAGGCCGAACGGCAUGAUGAGUGGGAGUGGUUUUGCGUGCGGCAGCACCCAACUGGUGGGCAUAUUUUGCUGGUGAAGCACUGGAGCGAGUUCUUGCCGAUGCGAAUCGGGGGGGAAGGCGGCCGGGAGUUAACGGUGGAUGCGAAACGAGAGGGUGGUACCGUCUGGGACUUUAUUAGGGUUGGGGAGGAAAAGUGA